GCCCCGCCCAUGCAUAAGUAACUAAAUAAAAAGGAAGCAAUUGUUAAGCGCGAUCGUCCUUUGGCCAGCCUCUGCUCACCUGUGAAGUGAACUCACCUGCACAGACAUCAUCUCCACCAUGGCCUCCUUGGCUUUAAGAUCAGCAAUCAAAACUAAGGUCCCAUUUAAAGCUGGCCGCAUGUGCUACUCCUCCUCUACGCCCACCACUAAGCUGUUCUUAGAUGGGAAGUUUGUUGAAUCUAACACUCCGGAAUGGAUCGAUAUUCACAAUCCUGCGACCAAUGAGGUGAUUGCCCGUGUACCCAAAGCCACGCAACAGGAAAUGUCUGCCGCCGUCGACUCCUGCGCCAGAGCCUUCCCCUCCUGGUCCGAGACCUCCAUCUUAGCUCGGCAGCAGGUCUUUCUGCGCUAUCAGCAGCUCAUCAAGGACAACAUUAAAGAACUUGCCAAGUCCAUCACCGUGGAACAAGGGAAAACCCUUGCAGAUGCAGAGGGGGAUGUGUUCAGGGGAUUGCAGGUCGUGGAACACGCCUGCAGCAUCACCUCUCUGAUGCUUGGUGAAACUCUGCCCUCCAUCACCAAGGACAUGGACACGUACACGUACCGGCUGCCCCUCGGCGUAUGCGCCGGCAUCGCCCCGUUUAAUUUCCCUGCCAUGAUCCCUCUGUGGAUGUUUCCCAUGGGAAUGGUGUGCGGCAACACGUACAUCCUGAAACCUUCUGAGAGGGUGCCAACGUGCGCCAUGCUGAUGGCCAAGCUGCUGCAGGAUGCUGGCGCUCCCGACGGAACCCUCAACAUCAUCCACGGACAACAUGACGCUGUGAACUUUAUUUGUGACCAUCCGACCAUCAAGGCCAUCAGCUUCGUUGGCUCCAAUCAGGCCGGCGAGUACAUUUAUGAGAGGGGCUCCAAAAAUGGCAAGAGAGUACAGUCCAACAUGGGAGCAAAGAACCACGGCGUGGUGAUGCCUGAUGCCAACAAGGAGAACACUCUGAACCAAGUGGUGGGGGCUGCGUUUGGGGCCGCCGGUCAGCGCUGCAUGGCUCUGUCCACGGCCAUCCUGGUUGGCGAGGCUCGCGGCUGGCUGCCUGAGCUGGUGGAGCGCACCAAGGCUCUGCGUGUUAAUGCAGGAGACCAACCUGGUGCAGAUGUGGGGCCCCUGAUCUCCCCACAGGCCAAGCAAAGAGUCUGCAGUCUGAUCCAGAGCGCCGUGGAGGAGGGCGCUAAGGUGCUCCUGGACGGCCGACGCGUUAAAGUAACGGGUUACGAGGACGGCAACUUUGUGGGUCCGACCAUCAUUGGAGACGUCACACCUCAGAUGAAGUGUUACACUGAGGAGAUUUUCGGACCCGUGCUAGUUGUCCUUGAGGCCGACACUUUAGAUGACGCCAUCCAUUUGGUCAACACCAAUCCCUACGGCAACGGCACCGCCAUCUUCACUUCAAAUGGCGCCACGGCUCGCAAAUACACACACAAGGUGGACGUGGGCCAGGUCGGAGUCAAUGUUCCCAUCCCUGUGCCACUGCCCAUGUUCUCCUUCACUGGUUCGAGAGGAUCCUUCAGAGGCGACAUGAACUUCUAUGGAAAACAAGGCAUCCAGUUCUACACACAGAUCAAAACCAUCACUUCCCAGUGGAAAGCUGAGGAUGCUACACUUAAGAGUCCUGCGGUUACCAUGCCAACGAUGGGCCGCUAGAUAACCCGUAGUGACCACUUGAUCUGCAAACAUCUCGGAAAAAUUACGACUGCUCAGUGACUCGAUGGUACUUAAUAAACAGUAGACGAUAUACGAAUUCUAGGAGUAUUAAGGCACUCUGUAAAUGUAUCACCACACUCGAGUCGAUACUUUUACUACCUGCUGACAGAAGAAGUAUUGGGACACCUGACCAUUACGCCUACAGGAACCGAAAAUACGAAACUGGUGUUCAGUGAUCCUUUGCAGAUUCACCAUUCGUGAAUAGGUAACCUGGAGAUUUGUUUUCUGUAGAACUUAACUAAAAACUAAUUAACAAUGUUUGCUGGAAAAACA